UCAGUGCUUCAAGCAAAUAUUUCCAAGCAGACAAUGGGCCUCUAAGUCACUGUAAAUAAAUCUGGCCCAACAGCAGUCACUCACAAUCAUUUUCUCUUCUAAUUUCACUUGCCGUUUCUGGGUAGCAUCCGCUCUGCGCACCUUAAUCUCCCUUUCGUUCGUAGAUUCGCACCCACUUUAGAAAUUAAGUGUAGUGGGUGGUGACGAAGAUCACCACCACUAUACUUCCCCUGGUAUAGAUCAUAUUAAGUUCAAAGGUUUGGGGGGUUUAGGGAGAGAAACUGGAAAUGGGGGACACUGUCGCUUACAAGGAGUACUUAGCCGGUUUACUCGCAGGUGUUGCCAUCGUUAUAACCGGUCAUCCUUUCGACACCGUCAAGGUAAAGCUGCAAAAACACAAUACGGAAGCGCAUGGGAUUAAGUACAGGAAUGGUCUGCAUUGCACGACUAGGAUCCUACAGACUGAAGGAGUUAAAGGACUUUAUAGGGGUGCAACAUCAUCAUUUGUUGGGAUGGCUUUCGAGAGUUCACUUCUUUUUGGGAUUUAUUCUCAAACAAAGCAGUCCUUGCAGAGAGGAUUGAAUAGUGAUGUGCCCACGCCCCAAGUAAUAAUUCCUUCUGCAGCUUAUGGUGGAGCAAUUAUAAGUUUUGUAUUAUGUCCAUCUGAGCUGGUAAAGUGUAGGAUGCAAGUUCAAGGUACUGACUCCUUGGUUCCAAAGUUCAGUAGAUACAGUAGUCCAUUUGAUUGCGCCCUUCAAACAGUGAAAAAUGAAGGGAUUUCAGGCAUUUUUCGAGGAGGCUUUGCAACACUGUUAAGAGAAUCUUUUGGAAAUGCAGUCUUCUUUAGUGUUUAUGAGUAUGUCCGUUACUACAUGCAUUUACAAUUGAAGGCUUCUUUUUCUGACCACAACAACUUGAUUGACAUGGGAGUUGGAAUUGUGAGUGGUGGCCUUGGUGGCGUAGCUCUAGUGUUUAUCAUCCUCAUGUUUUCCAGUUCUGGUCUGCUGUUUUGCCGUUGGAUGUGGCGAAAACUGUCAUCCAGACUGCUCCAGAUAAAAGCUCCACCAGAAAUCCAUUUCUAGUACUGAACUCGGUAAGAAGUCCUUGUUCUCAAAAUCUAUAAUUUUGGAAUAACGUCCAACGUCCAGCAUUUGGGGUUUUGCCCGAUGGUGAAAUAAAGGGGGUGGAGAGGCUAAGUGAUCCUUUAUGUUAGAUUUACAGGAGGGCUGGACUUAAAGGGUGUUAUGCAGGUUUGGCUCCUACAAUAGUGCGAGCAUUUCCAGCUAAUGCAGCUGCAAUAGUCACCUGGGAGCUUGCCAUGAAAAUGUUGGGGAUCAGGCAUGAUUGAAUGUGGUAGUCGAUUACCAAGAAUUUCAAUUUUUUGUUUGCCAUUACUAGCUUACCUCCUAAGAUUAGUGUAGGAGGGUUGCUGCUAUACAAUAGUGAAGUCUGUUAGACUAUGUUCCCUCAGGCAAGUCAUGCUUGAGACCUAUUAUUGUUGGCUGUGAGAAUUAUUUACAUCAUAUUCUAUUGUAACAACUAGCAUUUUGUCAACCUAGUUGAUUUUUGACAA